AUGUGCAUCCCCACUUUUAGAGACAGACCAUUUAGAAACAGCUCCAUCAGUGAAAGACAAAGGCAGAGUUUAUUGAAGGACAGUGAGAAGAUGAGUGAUCCAGAACCCUGCAGAAUUAAACAGGAAGAGACUGAAGAACUAAUAGAUGUGGUGGUGAAGGAGGAGAGCGAAGCACCGAGUGAAGAUGAGGAGAAACAUCAUGUCAAGAAUGAGAACAGAACAGCCGUGAACGGUCUCAUCUGCACUCAGUGUGGAAAGAGUUUCAGCUGCAAAAAUAGUCUGAAGCGCCACAUGAUGGUCCACACUGGAGAGAAACCGUUUCACUGCAUUGAUUGUGGGAGGAGUUUCACACGAUUACCUUCUCUACAACUACACAGAAAGCACAUUCACAACUUGAUUGUGGAGAAGAAGAGUGAAGACAUGAAGGUCCACCAUAGUGUCGAUAGAAAGAAGCAGCAAUAUUUAUGCUAUUCAUGUGGAAAGAGUUAUGCAAAAAAACACCAUUUAAUGUGUCAUGAGAGGUCUCACACUGGAGAGAAACCCUACAGCUGUCCACUCUGCGGCAAGAGAUUUAGCCUGUUAAAUGGCUUAAAAACACAUGAGAGGAUUCACACGGGAGAGAGACCGUACACAUGUACUGAGUGCGGGAAGAGCUUCAGACAACUGUCGAACCGUAAUCAACACAUGAAGUUCCACAGCGGAGAGAAAUUACACAAAUGUGAUCUCUGCGGAAAAUUAUUUACAAGGCUUCCAGAUCUGAGGAAACAUCGGAGAGUGCAUACGAAGGAGAGGCCUUACUCAUGCUCUGUGUGUGGGAAGAGUUAUUCAUGGCAGUCGGGUUUAUUAAAACAUCAGAAGCAUCACACUAGAGAGUUUGUGUACUCUGAAUAAGAAGACUUUUAGAUUUUUAUUAUUAUUUGGAGUCUUGAAACGACACUAGAAGAGUCACGAUAGAGGGAAGUCCCUUUAAAACUUAGCGGCCUUAUCAUACACUCGGCGCAAUAAGGCGGAAGACGUGCUUGGCACGAUUUGUUGAUAUUUUCAGACCAGCGCAGCUCUAAUUUUCACAUUUUGCGUAGCGUUGUUUAAAUAGCAAAUCCAUUUGUGCCACUUUGUGGACUCAUAGGUGAGCUGGUCUUUUCUCAAUUUAUUCAUCACAAUUUGCAUGUGUAUGUUAUUAUUAUUAGCAGUAUUAUUUAUUAUAUGCAUAUUUAUAUUCGUUUUAUUAAAAAAAACAAGUUUAGAUUUGUCUGCCUGUGAGGUUUUGGAGACGUCUGCAUCACCAUAUGUGGAUAAGAACAGGACGUGUGUUUGGACAUAACUCAGUUGUUUGAGCACACUUUGUUUUUAUUGUUCAUUUAUUCCUUUGCUGGAGAUUAGAACUGGAUUUAGAAAUAGUUUUAAGCACAUCUUUGUGCUUGACAAGCAAAAUUAAAUAUGUCAGCUAAUGUAUGUCAUCAGUGGAAUGCGUACAAAACAGUUUCCUUAUCCAGCAAAGUAAAGGAGUAAAGAGUAAAAGAAAAGUGAAAGUAAAGAGGCUGAAUGGAGGAGGCUCGUUCUUUAUCCUCGCGCUGCAGAUGCUCUGUUUAGCUGUCGCUAGUGAAGCUUUUAGUUUUUCUUCUUACAAAGUCCGCCAUGUAAAUAGCAAAUGCACCAUGGAGCUCCCCCAUGAAUGAGACUCUGAUUGGUUUAAUGCAGGUUAUGCUCAAAACCCACCCAGAACUCAUUAAGAGAAUAAGCUCAACCCUGUUAGACCGUGCGCCAGAAUGCAAAGGGUAUUUUUCCAUCCUUAAAAUAGUAUAACGGAGGCCAGCUAGUGAGUGCUGUGCAGGUAAACCUCACUCCUCUGACCUCUAAAAGGUGCUCUAGCGUCAAACGCUAGAGACCAUAGUCUUUAGCCUCCUUGUUGGAGCAACUGACUCCCAUGUGGAAGGUUGCCGAUUCAAUCCCAGCUCUGAGCGGGUUGGGCAGUGUAGAACCGGCGGGUUUACAAUAGCAAAAGUGGGUCCGGGUACACCCUUAAUAACUUUUCGCAAUUUAGACUUUGCCCCUAGAUCGUUAAAAUAGAGCCCAUAGUCUGAUUACUCACCAUAUUUGCAACCCUCCUGGGGCCGUUUAUCCAAGACCAAAGUCCUAUCUAAAUGAAUAGGUUGGGAGGGGGGGGGGAUACGUCCCCCUCACUUUUAUAGACAGACCAUUUAGAAACAGGUGAUUAGUAAUUAUAUGAAUGUAAACUUUUGAAUCUCAUUCAGCUUUCCCCAAACACUUUUACAAUGUCCGCUACGCUGGAUUUAUCCCAUUGAUGUUGCUUGCCGUAACAAACAAAUCUGUACAGACCACGUAGCUAUAAAGACUGAUGAUUGGCUAUUUCAACCAGAAGGCAGUACUUCGUUUGCCAUAACGAGUGUUGCACUUUUGUUGAUGGUAAUGCCUUUGAACCGUCUUCAUGUGUAGUCUAUGUAGAAAACUUACAAGUGUUAUUCGGCAUUUUUCAUCUUUGUAUGGAAAGAGUUUUACACGUCAAAUAAAUGUACCUUCCUGAAAACUCUCCUCUGUAUUCACAAGCAUCAGAUUUCAGUUAAAUGUAUGUUAAUAAAUUACAAUUGUUUGUAAAUAAUAAAAGUUUUUAUUCAUUCAUU